CCAGUUCAAUCGAGUUCUCUGGGGUUGUUUCCCCAGAAAUUUUGGUCAACUUCCGCCUUCGUUGUCGUCGUCGCCGUCAUCGUUUUUGCCUGUUUCACUCCCACCCCGCCUUCUUCUUUUCCAGUAUUUUGGCAGUCGAACUCCUGUCCUUUCAGCAACAACACUCAGUACCUUUCCCCCGGAAACCACACCAACAAUGGGCAGAGAACUCCAGAAGCGCAAGAAGCGCUCGUCUCGCGCCACCGUCCAGACGCACACCAUCAAGAAGAAGCACUUGAACCCCCAGGGCAGCGGUAUCGUUGCCAAGGCCUGGAACAAGAAGGAGACCCUCUCUCAGAACUACUCCCGCUUCGGUCUCGUCGCCAAGCUCGGCACCGCCGCCGGUGGCAUGGCCAAGAAGUCGGCAGCCGCCAACUACGCCGGCAUCACCAAGGACGACCCCCUGGCCGUCAAGUCGAUCGACCGCGGCCUGCUCGAGGUGCGCGAGGUCAAGGUCGAGCGUGACGCCUCGGGCAAGAUCGUCAAGGUCCUGCGCUCGGACAACCCGCUCAACGACCCGCUCAACGAGAUCGAGUCCGACUCCGAAUCCGAGGAACCCAAGCCUAGAAACCCGACCCACGAUAUCGAAUGGAACGGCAUCAGCGACGAUCGCCAAGAGAUGAUUGCCCAGAGCAGCCGGCCCGAGGUGAUCCGGAUGCUCGAGGAGGAGGCGUCGCGCCCCGUGGAGAAGACGGUGCGGUACCAGAGCGAGCGCGAGCUCGAGUGGCUGCAGAGGCUGGUGGCUAAGCACGGCGACGAUGUGGCGGCCAUGGUGCGCGAUCCUAAGCUGAACCCGAUGCAGCAGACCAAGGGUGAUAUUGCCAAGCGGUUGAAGAAGGCUGGCUUGUUGCAGUAAGGAAAUGGACGAAGAAACGAGGGAAGGAAGAAGGGGGCAAAUUGCAUGCGCGAGUGUGAUGUGAACACCGCCACCUUUGGAGUGUGAUUACUGUGCAAUGGGGUGUUGGGUUCGU